AUGGCAGCACGUGCUGACGUCAAGACAGCAACACGACCACGGUCCUCUACUAAAGGACCUCUCGAUGUUGACGACAACCCCUUGAUGUCCCCGGUGUCUGCUUCGUCAGCAGCACGCCUGACGCCUUCCCAAUCACCAAGCCGCGCAGGACGCGGCCCGGCAUCUCCGCUACCGCGUUCCCAGGCAGCAUCGCCGGCCCCUCCACGUGCGGCCGUCGCUCCGCCCAAGGACUUCUCCUAUCUGUUGCGGCCGGAGGUCUACCACCCGCUCACCUCUCUGACCGUCCCCGCCGCCUUCCACAACUCCCCCCACCAGCCGAGCCCCGAUGCGUCCAUAGAGGACCUCCUGGCGAGGGGCCACUUCCGCGCCGCCGCCAUCGCCGCGACCCACGCUCUCACGGGCACGGGCACGGGCACGGCGGCGGCCUCGCCGCCGGACCCGUCGGACCACGGCCGCAUCUUGGGCCUGCUCUACACGCGGCUGGCGUGCCUGACGCUCGUCGACGCCACGGCCCUGGCGGCGCAGGAGGCGCGCGCGCUCGAGGACCUCGGCUCGGCCUACUACACGGACGAGGUGACGGGCGCGCACCUGGCGCCCUGGGAGCUGCGCGUGCUGCACGUGCGGCUGCAGUCGAUCGGCUUCGGGGACCCGCGCCGCUCCGUCAUGGGCUACUACGACCUCGCGCGCGAGGCGCGCGCGUCGCUGGCCGCCGCCGCGGCGCGGCACGACAACUCGGCCCGCGAGCUGUGGCGCGGCCGCCUGGGCGAGCUCGGCGUGCGGGUCGCCGGCGCGCUCGUGGAGAUGGACGACCUGGCGGGCGCGGCGGCGCACCUCGCGUCGCUGCGGGACGCCGGCGACGGGCGCAUGGCCAUGGCGCGGGCGCUGCUGUGGCUGCACCUCGGCGACGUCGCGGCCGCGCGGCGGUGCGUGCCCGGGGGAGAAGGAGAGGCUGCGCAUGGCAAGAUAGUCGCGGCCCUCUGCGACAUGGCCGACGGCGAGUAUGCCAGCGCGCUCGAAGGGUGGAAGGAAGUCAAGGAGGAGGUGGACGACGAGAUGGUCGGGGUGAACAUGGCUGUGUGUCUCCUCUACGUAGGGAGACUAGAAGAGGGAAGGAAGGUCCUCGAGGAGCUGGUGGCGGCAGGGUACUCGUCACAUACGCUCCUGUUCAAUCUGACGACAGUGUACGAGCUCUGCACGGAUCGCCCGAAGACCCUCAAGAUGGACCUCGCUCAGAAGCUUGCCGACAUGGAGCCUACGAACAAGGGUUGGGAGAAGACCAAUGCGGAUUUCAAGCUAUGA